GUGAUGUGCUCUGUGCUCUAUGAUAGCAGCUAGAUCUAGCUAGUCUGUUCCGUGUGGACUCUUUCUGGAAGAUUAUUGUUGAUGAAUAUCACCACCACACCCACAACUUUACUCCUCUGGACGAUGCUACUUCAUCUCCCGUGAUUCGGCGACACUCUGAACCUUCUCCUGCAACACCCCCACCCCCCAGCAGGCCCGUAGAUCGGAGUGAGCAGAGUGUUGCAUCUUUUCAUCCAUGGAUUACGCCUGUGGAUCUGGAUUAAGGAGGAUGCACUGCCUCACAGCUUCGUCUUGGAGCGGUCACGUGAUGACAGCGCUGCUUCUGAUUGGUCUAACCGUUGGUCAGCAUGUCUUGCCGGACGACUCGAGGAAUUCUCUCAAUGGAGUCCACGACAUAGAUUUUAUCGACCUGGACGACCCCAUCCCUUCCCUGUCGCUGUCAGACAUCAACUCACAGACUGACGAAGUGAAGAUCAGCACGGGUCAAGGCCACAUCGUCAUGGCUGGGCCGAGGAAUGACGUCAUUGUUGAUGACGAAGAGUUCUUCUCCUCCGGGUCGGGCUCAGGGUCAGGAGAUUUGAGUGACGUCACAGAUCCGCCCCCGCCCCCUGUGAUGACGCCCACGUCCAAAAAGACGUCCAAAAAGUUAGAGGCGGGCUCGCUCAAGUUUAAAGUUGUUGAAGGGGGCAGAGACAACGCCAAGAACUCGACAGACGUCCAAAAAUCUCAUCUGGAACAACUCCAGAAGUCUUUGGAUACCCUUGACCAAACCUUCGUGGAUACAGACAGCGAAGACGACGACGAUUUUGUGGAAGACAAGGAGGAAGAAGAGGAGGAAGAGGCAGAAGAAGAAGAGGAGGAUGAAGAGGAGGAUGAGGAGAGGGAAAAAGAGGAGGAAGCUGAGAGAGAUGAAGAUGGUGACGACAAGGAGGAGGAUGAUAAGGCGAUGAAUGAUGUUGUUUAUGAUGAUGCGCCUGCCAGUUCUUUGGCCGCCGCCUCCAACAGCGUUAUCUCCCCUCCAGAGUGGACUCGCUGGUCAGCCUGGUUUGAGGUGAACCAGUACACGCGGAUGAGGACGCGGGAAUGUCGCCUGGGCAAGCAACUGGCGUCUGCCUCCAACUGCAAGGGCGCUCGCAUGCAGGCUAUGACGUGUGAGGACAAGUCUCUGGGAAUCUGUGGGCCGGCUCAUGACGUCACUCAGGGGGAGGAUACUGACCACGCCUUUGUCAAAGGUAAAGCUUUGGUUUGUUGGGGGAAACGUUUUACGGUGCUUGCAACCCUAUCCGUUUGCCCAGGGGUCAUUUUAAUGUCAAGAAGCAAAACACACUUGGCAUCCCAGACAACCGUGGCCAUGAGUUUCUUCAGCGAUGGCUGA